UGAAUGUUGACUAACACUUUGCACAGACUGAGAUGAAACCGCAGACUCUGGACUAAGACCUGUGGGGACUCCAGGGGAUUCCAGAUGAUCAUCCGAAACGAGAGGAGAUGGACCAGGCUUCGGGGCCACACACUGGACUUCGGGGUUAAGGUAUUGAAUAUUUAGACCAUUACCAUUUCAGUCUAAGCUCUUAUAUAUAAGCUCACUCCUGGAUCUCGGCUCUAAUCACGGCGGCUGCACCCAGCACAACUGAUAAGCUGAAGGGCAAAAUCAAUACCUGGACAAUCUGAGCUCACCGCUCGUAACCAUGAAUGGGGAAAUGGAGAUAGCAGAUGAGAAAGACUGGAGUGAACUUGAACCUAACUACCCCGUCAAAAUCUUCCUGACGGUCUUUUAUAGCCUCAUCCUGGUGACGGGUAUCGUGGGUAAUUCAGUCACUAUCAGGGUGACACAAGUGCUGAACAGAAACGGCUACCUUCAGAAGAACGUGACCGACCACAUGGUGAGCCUGGCGUGCUCUGACUUGUUGGUGCUGCUCAUCGGCAUGCCGGUGGAGCUCUACAGUGCCAUCUGGUUCCCGUUCACGUCCACAUCAGGCAACGCUUCCUGUAAGAUCUACAACUUCUUGUUUGAGGCCUGCAGCUACGCUACCAUCCUCAACAUAGCCACACUUAGCUUCGAGCGCUACGUGGCUAUCUGCCACCCGUUUCGCUUCAAAGCCCUGGGUGGCAAACGUACCUCUGCGCUCAUUACCUUUGCCUGGCUGGUGUCCGUACUCGUGGCCCUGCCGUUGCUGAUCGCCACGGGAACACAGGGCCACAUUCCCUUCCGCGCGGAUACGCCCGUCCAGAAUCUGACCUUCUGCACCAAUCUGAAGGAGCGCUGGGUGAUGUACCGGGUCAGCCUCUUUGUGGCUUUCGUCGUCUACCUGAUGGUGGUGAUCUGCGUGGCCUUCAUGUGCCGAGCUAUGAUCCUGGUCCUGCGGAGACCUAUGGGUUCCCCGGAUGGAGCGACCGGUGGAACUCUAAGAGAACCCAAGCAUGAAAGUUCCAAGGUCAAGAUGGCCAGGAAGCAGACCAUCAUUUUUCUUGGUCUCAUCGUGGGAUCCUUGACGGUCUGCUGGCUGCCCAACCAGAUUCGUCGCCUCAUGAUGGCCGCCAUACCCAAGUCGCGCUGGUCAACUCCCUACUUCAGGAGCUACGUCAAACUUCACCCUGUGGCUGACACCUUCUUCUACCUCAGCUCUGUCAUCAACCCUUUCCUUUAUAACCUGUCGUCCAGACAGUUCAGGGAGGUCUUUGUCCAGGUCCUUCGGUGCCACCUCACCAUCGAACACGUGAACAAGCGCACCUUGCAGAAGACCAACGCUGCCUCAGCGCGUUCCCUCCGGCCCCUGCUGAUAAAGUCAUUUCGUCGAAGCGGCGCAAAACGCACCACCCUCCCACAGGAGAAAGCUCCUCCCACUUUUACAACCUUUCAGAGUGACUCGGGAGUGGCUUCAAAUACCCAGACAUCCCUCAGCCUCAUUGAAGAGUCACACACAGUCAAAAUAAAGACAGACGAACCGUCAGAGAGUGAAAUAUAAUGUGCUGUACAAUUUAAUGCAACACAGUAAACAGUAAAAACAAACAUGGAGGAAACUGCUUGAUUCAAGGACAUCUGUGCUCUGCCGUUAGAAACAAAUAGAGAGAUAUUCCUUAUACACAGUAAACACAGUACAAAGUGUUAAGUCAGGGAUAGAUCACACUCAGCUGACACGUCGGCACAAUAGAAAGCAUAAUGGCACAACUCACAUUAAAGUGAUAGUUUGGGUUAUUUGAUGUGGGGUUGUGUGAGGUACUUAUCUAUUUAUUAGAGAAGCAGCAGGAGCUCCGGUGCAGAAGCUGAGUGAUGAGCUGUUGUGGACGGGGCCAUCAGCAAAAAUGUGUUUUAGCCACUUUAAAGAAUUCCCACAGAAAAAAAAAGAUCAGUAUCAGUUUAAGUUUUAUUUUUGAAUAUUUUCACCACUUUAUCUCCAUCAAACAGCCUUUCACUUUAGAACUACAGCUGUGAACCGUUUGAACUAACGUAUCACUACGCACAACCUCACACAACCCCGCGCCAAAUACCCAGAACCACCACUUUAACUAUGUGAAUGUGAUAUUACUAUCAAGCCAGAAAAUUAUUUUACAAAAACUCAACGAUUCAGUUAAGCAUGAAGACCCCACAGUUUGAGUUAACGUUGAAGGGAAACAAUGGCGUUUUUUGACCACUAGAGAUGCCGUGGAGCGUUGUUUGGAUGUGCAGGUCCUUGUGAUCUCCGCAUAUAUGUUCAAAUUGCAAACUGAAUUUGAAUUCAAAUUUAAUUCAUGUAUCGUCUCAUCUUCAAGCAUGUUGCAAAAUAUACACUCACAGAAACAGUGAACGUGUGUAAGUAUAUUAUAGAACAUCUCCUACUCGACAAUAUUGCACAUGAGGACGCAUAUACACACUCAUAUACACACUGAUAUACACACUCAUGAACUUGAUGGUGACACAUUAUGCUUUCCUGUUGACUGCAGAGGGUGGAAGUGUGAAUGCAUGGUGCAUGGAUGACUUCAGGAACAGCUGGUCCCAAAGAGACUUUUCCCUUUACACAUUCAUUAUAAAAUGAGCGGCUAUAAAAUGGUUAAUAUAAUUAAAUGAGCCUCAUAAACCUCAGAAACCUCUCUCUGUAUUAUCAGAAUGUGACCCUCUAGGUCCAAUUAACUUGGAAACGUCAAGAAGAGAAGUAAAUAAGAAAAUAGCUUCGGCGAGACAGCAGGAAUUCACCAUGGGCCAAAAAAUGAGUGAGUCAGAGUGAGUCUGAAUUAUUUAUAUGCAAACAGUGCACAACUUUCAUUGGAAUGAACUAUUCUGUGCCUUGAGUGAAUAACCAAUUAUUUCCCGAUGAAGGAGAUUUCCCCAUGUACACGAGGUUGAUACUUAUAUAAUAAAGUAGUAGUAGUGUCCUGCA